AUAGAGGUCUUCUGAGUGGAUCAGCUCUCCAUUCUUACAGAAGACCUCAGGAACAAACUUCGGAUUGAACGAAUGUGCUGAACGAGACGCAGUCAGGGAGACAGCAUUUUGAUGGGCAUGGAUAUCGUGUUAACCGUGGCAAUGGUGGAGGUCGUGUGCGUCGCCCUUGGAGUCAUAGGAUUAAUACUGACCAUUGUGAUCUGUGCACUCCCCACCUGGAGUGUGACAACCAUUAUAACCGGUAACGUUGCCACCACAGAGGUGGUCUGGUACGGCCUGUGGAUGUACUGUGUGACCCAAGGCACAGGACAGACACAGUGUGAGGUAUACAACUCUGUCUGUCUAUGGUGUGGAUCAUUACUAUGGGACAGUUGGAAAUAUGGUCUGCAGCCUGCCAGAGCCAUGAUCCUCACUGCCAUCAUCCUGGUGGUUCUGGGGGUCAUGGUCUCCAUGGUCGGAGCCAAGUGUACCAACUGCAUCAAAGACAAAACGUCUCAGGCCAAGAUGAUAAUUAUCGCUGGAAUACUUUUCAUCCUGGCUGGAAUUCUCAUCCUCAUCCCCGUUUCCUUGGUAGCCAUACCAAUUAUCAACGACUCCUCCACGCGGAUCGAAGAGAAGCCUGAGCUGGGGAACUCACUGUACCUCGGCUGGGUGGCAGCCUCCCUGCUCCUGAUUGGAGGGGUCACACUGUGCAUCAAAGAGGGAGUCUUUGGAUGGAUAAUGGGAAUCUUUGGAUGGAUAGUCUCCCUAGUGCUCUGUGUUAUCUCUGUAUGGUUCCCAUACAAUCAUUAUCCUGAGCCCCAAUAUAGGAACAUAUGGAAGAUUCUGAUGACGACCUCCAUCUCCUCCAUCCUGGGAGCUCUAGGAGUGAUGGGGUCCAUCUUUGGGACCAAGUGCUGUAACUGCAUCAGGAGUAACAGGACCAGGGUCAAGGCCAGGUUUAUCGUUGGAACAUUCUUCAUCCUGGCUGGUAUCCUGCAGCUCACCACUCUGUUUUUGGUUGACCAUUACUUAAGAACGGAUUUCCACCUGCUGCUCUACCCUUUCGUCCUGUUUACCCAACGUGACCUGGUUAUUUUAGCUGAAGUCUGUAGGUGGUCCGCCUCCAUGCUCCUGAUAGGAGGGACCAUACUCUGCUGUUCCAUAUUCAAGAGGAACCAGUCAGACUCAUCGAUGACUCAAUCAACCUCCCGCUAACAGCUCUGUCUGCAACAGGUCAUAGAGGAGUUUAUGUCAUAUUGUGGUGGGAUCAUAGUCUGGUGUAGCUGCUGCUACGGCUUUAACAGAGAGGCUGUACUUUCUUUAAAUGAAAACAAUGGAGAUAAUAUAAUUGUGAUUCUAUAUGUAAUUAUAUGAUAAAAUAACCUCUAUACUUUCUGUUCAAUGUUAGAAUAUCGGAAGGGACCAGAUAGGUGUGAAAGCAACAUAGUUAUUGUUCCACUUUGUCUUUAAUAAGUGUUACGAAUCCCUUUGGCCCUGCAGUCUAGGGGGGAUGGCAACCAGACCGUAACAUAAAUCAUGCAAAUUAUAAUAGUGAUAAGAAACAGUGAGAACCAAUAACCACAGACAACUACAAUCUACCGUCAAACUCUAAUGGUUUAUUUAUAAACACACGGUAAUGGGGUGUGAGAAAAGGGGCUGAACUGGACCCAAGCAAAGAAACAAUAAUCCAAAAACACCCCUAAGGUAGACUAGCCUACCUCAAUAACAGCUAGCUAACUAACCAAAAAUACAGUGGGUGGUCCGCCCAGUUCUAACUAGGGUACUUAGACAAAAUAUUCCUACGGGUAAUGUAUGCCCAUGGGCAACUUGUCUUGGUACCCCCUUUUCUCACCAACAAACAAACAGUCAACACUUUAACAAAAACAAUACUCACAGGUGGGAUGGACAAAGUGACAUGUAGUUGCAAACCAAAAGAGAGAUCAAUACAGAAAGCGAGCUGGGAACAUAGAGCGAGAUUGAGAGAGAAUGAGCACAAAGAUUGAUCACAGAGUGAGAAUGAGCUAGCGAGAGAUUACAACUGACUGGGGUUUUAAACCAAGGGAAAGGGACUGUGAUAGGUUGAGGGAAAAGGAACAGGUGUCUUCUGAUUGGGGACUGAUUGAUGACUGAUUGGGGAGUGAUGAUUGUCACCUGUGAGGGGAGAAGGAGAGAAAAGAAAUACACAGGAUACACACUUGUAUCCGUAACAAUCAGUCAAAGAGGAGUUUAUGACAUAUUGUGUUCAAAUAUUCAGUUAAUUUAGACUGGGAGGAGAAGUUCCUGAGGAGACUGCAAUGAAGGGACAUAUUCUGACUUUUUCCUCUCUGAUGUCAUUUACCAGUAUUGAUAUAUCUCUUUAUGUUUCUUUAAAAUGGGAUGAAUUUAUUAAGUAGAGAAAGAAUUGAAUCAGUAGUUGAUUGUUUAACCCUGUUAAAUAUGUUCAAAUAAAAUAAUUGUAUCUGACUGAAAAACA